GCCGUGACGCGGGCAUGAGCCUGGCCCGCCGCCCGCUGAGCCAGCGCCCCCGGCAGGGGCCGCGGCGCCCAGCAGGCGCCGGGCGAAGGAGCUGCUAGAACAAUGCUGAGGCGGGCGAGGUGAGGAGCAGCUCCGUGCAGCAGCCCCGUCGGAGGAUCUCGAACAGGUGAUCGGAGGAGCCGGGGAAACCGAGGCCACCUGGGCAUCCCUCCCCUCGGCACCCUAGAGAGACGAGCCUCAAAGACACAGUGGAGAAACCAUGGCGACCAAUUUCAACGACAUCGUCAAGCAAGGCUACGUGAAGAUGAAGAGCAGGAAGCUUGGGAUCUACCGGAGGUGCUGGCUGGUGUUCCGGAAGUCCUCCAGCAAGGGGCCCCAGCGGCUGGAGAAGUAUCCAGAUGAGAAGUCCGUGUGCCUCCGAGGCUGCCCCAAGGUGACAGAGAUCAGCAACGUCAAGUGUGUCACACGGCUCCCCAAGGAGACCAAGAGGCAGGCAGUGGCCAUCAUAUUCACUGACGACUCAGCACGGACCUUCACCUGCGACUCAGAGCUGGAAGCAGAGGAGUGGUACAAGACACUCUCUGUGGAGUGUCUGGGGUCGAGGCUCAACGACAUCAGUCUGGGAGAGCCAGACCUCCUGGCCCCGGGAGUGCAGUGUGAGCAGACAGAUCGCUUCAAUGUCUUCCUGCUGCCCUGUCCCAACCUGGACGUGUAUGGCGAGUGCAAGCUGCAGAUCACCCACGAGAACAUCUACCUCUGGGACAUACACAACCCCCGCGUGAAGCUCGUCUCGUGGCCCCUCUGCUCACUGCGCCGCUACGGCCGGGAUGCCACCCGCUUCACCUUUGAGGCUGGCCGGAUGUGUGACGCUGGAGAAGGGCUCUACACCUUCCAGACACAGGAAGGGGAACAGAUCUACCAGCGGGUCCACAGUGCCACUCUGGCCAUCGCCGAGCAGCACAAACGAGUCCUGCUGGAGAUGGAGAAGAAUGUGAGGCUGCUGAGCAAGGGCACAGAACAUUACUCAUACCCCUGCACGCCCACUACCAUGCUGCCCCGCAGUGCCUACUGGCACCACAUCACAGGUUCCCAGAACAUCACCGAGGCCUCCAGCUUCGCCGGUGAGUCACUGCUGUGCGUCACCCCCACCAGCCAGGAGGUUCUGUGGAGGACAAGGUGUGCUGGGCAGGGGUCUUCUGUCCUGGGCCCAAGUCCUCAGCCUGCGUCUGUGUCCACAGGUGAGGGGUAUGCGGCAGCCCAGGCCAGCUCAGAAACGGACCUCCUCAACAGAUUCAUCCUGCUAAAGCCAAAGCCCAGCCAGGGGGACAGCAAUGAGGCCAGGGCCCCUUCCCAGUGACGGCAGAGCUAGCGUGCCUGGAUGACCGCUGGGGCUGCCUGCAGGGGCUGUGGGCCAGGAGCCCAGAGAAAGGGAGCAAGCUGUCCUUUCUCUGCCCCCAAGGGUGAGACUGGACCAAGGCAAAGGGCUGGCCACGCCACCUGAGCAUGUGUGAGGGGCUGGAGCUACCAUAGGACUAUAUACGGUUAAUGAUUUUAAUAUAUAUGGCUUAUGACAUUAUUCUAUAUUAAUAAGAUUUCCCCCUGUCCCUCCCUGCCACCACAUACACAUCUUUUAUCCCCAUGACCAGGCCACAGUCAGGGCUGUUUCUGAAUGUGAGGGCGGUGGUUUUUCCUGUCCCCCAAGGGGUACCAGCCCUCCUGCUUUGGGCCCGAGGAGGGAGACAGUCCGCACUCCUGGCGCCUGCUCUUGCUGCUGGCUUUCCCACGCAGCCCAGGGGUGGAGACGGCAGGUGGCUUCUUGGUCCCUCUGGGCCUGGUGGCACAGGAAGGAUCCGCGCUUACACUGUGCCACUCGGCAGCCUUGCACUUGGGAGUUUUACGCAGAGGUGACAUCUGGCUGACACCUCAAGUGAAAAUCUGGUUUAAAAGUGGUUUCUGCCCAGGCUCUUCCUGCUUCGUAGGCUGAGAAGACACCCUGGGGGCAGGGUGCUGAUUACCUCAGCCCAGGGAGGGUGGCCUCCCGAGCUCUUUCCUGCUCCAGGGCCAGGCUGGCCCCCAGGAGGACUGCGGGGUCGGGGUGAGCACCCUGCUGCCCCCUCACUGACCAGGUGGGCAGUGCUCCUGUGGAGGGUGCCCCCCUGCCCUGUGUGGCCUCCCUCUGGCCAAAAGGACUCAAAAACCGAGACCACCCCAUUUCCUCCUCCCCACAUGGUGCUGAGGCUCCCUGCUGAAACGCAAUUAAAGCAAUUGAUUUUCUAGUGCUGGUAUUUAUUGACUACCGUGCAGAAGGGCUAUCUUUCUACUCACAUCAAACCUUUGGUUGUGUGUGUGUUGGGUUUUUUGUUUUUAAUAUUUUAGGGUUCUAAUCUGUGGGAACAGACCCUGUUGUAAAUAACCACUAUUCGAGUCGUGGCAGGAGGAUGGUAAAGCAAGAGGCCCCUCCAGACAGAGCCCUGGAACCAGGGAGGGGCCACGGCCCGCUCAGCUCUGAACCUGACCCAGGGAAUGACCACCCCAGGAGUAAGCUAGCCUGAAGGAGGGCACCCAGAGGCCACGGGGAGGGAGGCAGAGCUGGCUGGCUCGGUUCGUGGCUUGAU